AGCCCGUGGGGCGGGGCCACCGCUGCCGGAAGCGCGCGCGCAGCAUGGCGACCCGGACUAAGCGCGCCAGGUUGAGUAGCGGACUGCCGGCAGGGAGUCCCUCGGCUAGUCUCGGAGCCUCCCGCGGACCCUGCGCCACUCCCCCGCGUCCCUGCGCGGCAGGCGGUCCCCAGCGCGCGCUUUCCCAGGCGGCGCGGUCUGCGGACGGCAACAAGCAAGACCCUGACCCGGUGUCCGGCUUCCUAAGCUGGUGCGGGCGGGUGGGGCUGGAGCUGAGUCCCAAGGUGGUGGUGAGCAAGCAGGGCACGGUGGCCGGCUACGGUAUGGUAGCCCGGGAGAGCGUGCAGCCGGGGGAGCUGCUGUUCGCGGUGCCUCGCGCCGCGCUCUUGUCGCCGCACACCUGCUCGAUCGGCGACCUCCUGGAGCGAGAGCGAAGCGCGCUGCAGAGCCAGUCGGGUUGGGUGCCGCUGCUGCUGGCGCUGCUUCACGAACUGCAGGCCCCAGCCUCACCCUGGAGCCCCUAUUUUGCGCUCUGGCCCGAGCUGGGCCGUCUGGAACACCCCAUGUUCUGGCCCGAGGAGGAGCGGAGGCGCCUGCUGCAGGGCACCGGUGUCCCCGAGGCUGUGGACAAAGACCUGGCCAACAUCCGCAGCGAGUACUACGCCAUCGUACUGCCCUUCAUGGAGGCCCAUCCAGACCUAUUCAGUCCUAGGGUCCGCUCCUUGGAACUCUAUCACCAGCUGGUGGCCCUUGUGAUGGCCUAUAGCUUUCAGGAACCCCUGGAGGAAGAGGAAGAGGAAAAGGAUCCAAACUCCCCUUUGAUGGUGCCUGGCGCAGACAUUUUAAACCACUUAGCCAAUCACAAUGCCAAUCUAGAGUACUCUGCAGAUUACCUUCGGAUGGUGGCUACUCAGUUCAUUCCUAAAGGCCAUGAGAUUUUCAACACUUACGGGCAGAUGGCUAAUUGGCAGCUGAUUCAUAUGUAUGGUUUUGUUGAGCCCUACCCUGACAAUAAAGAUGACACAGCUGACAUUCAGAUGGUGACUGUUCGUGAAGCGGCAUUGCAGGGAGUAAAAGGGGAAGCUGAAAGGCUCCUCCUGUUUGAGCGCUGGGAUUUCUUAUGCAAAUUGGAGAUGGUAGGGGAAGAGGGCGCCUUUGUGAUUGGGCGUGAGGAGGUACUGACUGAGGAGGAACUGACAACCACACUCAAGGUGCUAUGUAUGCCUGCUGAGGAGUUCAGAGCCUUUCAGAACCAGGAUGAAUGGGGACAGAAUAAAAAGGAAGAGGACAACCUGACAAUCACCAGUAUCCCAAAACUCAAAGCAUCAUGGAGACGGCUGCUUCGAGACAGUGUUCUGUUGACCCUCCAGACCUACGCCACAGACUUAAAAACUGAGCAAGACAUCCUCAGUAACAAGGAGGCCUAUGCCAAACUCAGCUGGAGGGAGCAGCAGGCUUUACAGGUUCGCUAUGGGCAGAAAAUGAUCUUACAUCAGCUGUUGGCACUGACAAGUUAGCUCCUGCUGCCUGAGAAAAGCAGUAAGAAUGAUCUUAGCUGUGAUUGCAAAAAAAGGGAAAGUUUGGAUGACUUGCUUUUCAUUAAAUACCAAAAGGGAAAAAAAUUCUAAAUUAAGGGUGACAUGUUUUAAGGGUUGUCAGGAGCAUGUUUUAAGGAUUGUCAGGCCAGCUAGCUACAACCAAAGCCAGUAGAAAGAUGCUAAUAACAGCCUGUGAGUAUAGUUUGGGAUAGUCACUUUACUCUUUCUGGAGAGGACUUAAAAAGCUCUAUGAUCAGCACUGGGUUGGAUCACUAGUUGCUGUACUUGCAGCUAUGGUUGUCUCACUGGCAUUAAAGUCUAUACUAGAUGAUAACACAGCUUGCCCUACAAGAAACCUGAAGACACUAGGACAUUCAAGCUUCACUGGAAUGAAACUGUAAACUCCUUGUCCUCCUCAGCAAUAAAACCUGACUACCAUUAAAGGUAAAGGAAAAUUGUAA